GACGGGAGAGGAUGGGGGUCGUCAUCCCGGACACAUCGCUCCAUUGUCGCGACGUUAUCCAUCAUGCGCCGGAGAAGGCUACUCGGUGCGAUUCCGAGCCGGAGAUUUCAUCUCAUCAAGGAGUUGGACGCCUUCCCCAAGCUCCCCGAGGGCCUCCGUGAGACAUCUGCCCUGGGGGCAGCCGCCACACUCUGGAGCAUCGCCUUCAUCUCCCUGCUGCUGCUGUCCGAGUUUCGGGAGUUCCGCUCCACACACAUGCGCUACUCAUUCAGGCCAGACCACGAGCACAACGCGUCACUGCUCAUCAAUGUAGACAUCACAGUGGCCAUGGCAUGCAAGUAUAUAGGAGGGGAUGCUGUGGACCUCUUCGGUAACUAUGCAGGCUCACUGAACGAGGAACCGGCCUACUUCGAUCUGAGCGAGAACCAGCGGAGGUGGCAGGAGAGAGUGCAGGCUCUCAAGGUGCGCCUCGCUGUCGAGCAGGGCCUGCAUGACGUGCUCUUCAAGGAGGGCUUCAGCGAGCGCAUGCCGCCCAGGGAGGAGAGCAGUGGGGGGGAGCUGCCGGACCGCGAGCCGGACGCGUGCCGCAUCCACGGCACGCUCAUCACCAAGAAGGUGCCCGGAAACUUCCACAUCGUCCCCGGGAAGUCACGGGGGCACCGCCACGGACACGCGCACAUCCUGCACUACAUGUUGCCCGAGGAAAGCUUUAACUUCUCGCACCGCAUCGACGAGCUGUCGUUCGGGCAGCGCGCGCCGGGCAUCGUCAACGCGCUCGACGGGGACGCGCGCACGGCCACACGAGAGAUGCAGAAGUUCCAGUACUUCCUGCAGGUGGUGCCCACGUGCGUGCGCACCCGGAGCGCACACGUCGACACGCAUCAGUACUCCGUCACGGAGCAGCACGUGGUGGCAGACACUGACUACUCACCAGGCCGUUACCGCAGGCACACCGUCCCAGGGAUCUUCGUGCGCUUCUCGUUCGCCCCGCUGCGCGUGCUCGUGGCGGAGGAGAGCGUCUCGUACGCGCACUUCGCCGUGAGGCUCUGCGGUCUCGCCGGAGGCAUCUUCCAGACCUUGGGUACGCGGGAGGGGGGGGAAGGCGGCUCGAGUCGUGGUGGCCUCGUCCGCUGGCGUGGACUCCCCCCAACCCUCGCUCUCCUCUCGGUCUCACGCGCGGACUGCUUCAGCUCGACGAGAAGAGCGUGCUUGCUGAAAUGAGUUUUGCGUUGAUGAUCACAGUGACGCCACGGGCGAUGCGUUCUCAUCGCACGUGGGAAGAUAAGCAAGGUUGAGGCUGGAGAACGCUCGGGUGACUUAUCACAGGCAAGAGACAAGUGUCGUCGGCAUUGUGGGCAACCCUCCUCCCACCACCCGGGACAGCUCCGGCUUAAAUGAAGCUCUGAUCUGCAGAGGACGUUCCCUUUACACAAAUUGAAUGCACUCGGCAUUAUCAGUCUUAGCAUAAUCACUUUUAAAAAUCCAUCGGAUGAUAAAGAGUUUUGUGCGUGUUUAUGACCAUAAUAAAAAUAAUCUAUUUUGAGCAAGAGCAUGUUAAAGGCUUACACGCACACGCCUAAUACACGAUUAGGAUUGUUUUAAUGAACACAUGGCGCACGAGAACCAUCGAGACAUCAGAGAACCUGGCCUCGAACCGAGGAUCAGUCUCGGUGACGCUGCCAUGGGACCCCCCCCCCCCCCCGCAGGGCACUCGGUCGGCCGUACAACGAGCGUCUAUGAACCAACACGAACUUGGUGGCAUGCCGUGAACUCCGAUGGUGAUGCUCGCAGCGGCGGCAGAUAUUGGCUCAGCCAUCGAACGGACACGGCGGUGACCGCUUUCAGAACCCACUGGGGAGCUGUGCGCUUUUAAAUCUCGUCUUGAUUUGAAGCUUUCGUGACUGCAGGAAUCCAUACUCUCUGCCUCUUUCAGUAAAGUCACGCAGGUAGAAAAAAUAACAAAAGAAAACACGUUUCGGUCGUCCUGAAGACGGACGCUUGUGUUGCGACUGAAACGUCUUGUUUUUGUUUUGUUACUUUUAAAUCUAGAUUGAAAACUAAUUUCUUAAGAACUGGUUUUUGUGUUUAGGUUGAUGUCCUUCCCCCGCACCUCCGAUUAGUACAGCUGGCUACGUGCGGUGCGAAAGAAGUUCAACAUGUCCAACAACUAAAAUUCCCCGUGUAGCCUGAAUAGACUAUUUGAGCAAGUGCUGUUAGCGAGCACCUAUGAAGGCCAACACGGCUCACGAGGGGGUCGGUGGCCAGCACUACGCCCGCCUGCCUUUGUCUCCCCAGUUGUGAUGUUUUACACACCACACCAAGCACUCAUGUGACGCUGAGUCGACCUAGGGGAGGCCCAGGACCGAUUCAGAUAAUCGUUACUGGUGUUGGCUGUGAGCGGGAAUCAAACUCGGGUCGCCGGGUUCGUAGUCCAGCGCGCUAACCGCUACACCACCGCUCCCCACAUAUAC